UGAAAAAUUUAAACUUCACCCUUAAAUGAACUCCCGGGGACGUCGUCUAUAGAGCUGACUGGGUUGCAGCCAUUGCAUGCCGGGUAGCCGAGGCUGUGUGCGGCUUGUGUGUAGGAAUGAAACGAUUGACCGCUGCCUGCCUCUGCGGUGAACGAACUGUGUCAGCGGCCGCCGGUGUUUGAUCGAAGCUAUGAGUGUUUACCUAUGAAUUAAAAAAGGAUACAAGUGCAUCUGUACGUGUCCAAACUUCAUCCUGCAGACAAGACAACUUCCUUGACAAAAGGAGUACCACUAGGUGUCAAGGAAAUCUGGCAUUUGGACCAUGUUGUGUUGGUCCACUAGGUGGUGCUUCCUGAGCCCAGUCGCCGCUGCAUCCCAAGCCAUGUAUGCCACCCGCCUCUACAGCGCCGCAGGAGGAGGGGGCGGAGUCAAGGCAGGAAAAAGGGGAGGGCUCACUGUGCUUGAAGCACCUACCCCGCACCUUCACCAGCACCGAGCGCCCCUGCCCCCCCCUGAAUACUCCCUGUACCAGGGCAGACCCGGCGACCACCGGGGAGCACACUUACACCACCAUUACCACCCACAGCACACCCCCCUGGCCCCGCCCCCAAUGCCCUCCCAUUGCCAACACCACGGCCACUUCCUCAGUGUGGGCAUUCCAGUUACUAGGUCAGGCGGCAAGAAGAAGUCAUGGAACUUCAUCCACGAGAAGAUGAGCUACGACACCUUUUUCACUAUGAAGCGUCUGAUCGAGCGCUCACAGCGACCCGACGAAGUUCUGCGCUGGCUCACCCAAAACCCAGCUAAGAUCUCCCACAACCAUUACCCGAUCGCGCUACACAAGAUUGCACAGCUUCUGCAGGCUGCACCACCACCGCCCGUAGAUGACGCCGCCACUGCAACAAAGUGUGGUCGCCACGUCCUGGAGCAUCCAGACUUCUUGUUGCUGUGUGACGCCAUCAUCAACGACUGCUCCAAAUUUGACAACUUCAGCAUCGUCAACUGCCUCUAUGCCGUGGCGGCACUUGGGCUCCGCAGCGAUUCUCAGGUGGUCCAGGUUCUGGAGGCUGAAUCUCAGUCCAGACUGAGCCAGUUUAAUCAGAAGGACAUAUCCAUGGUGUUCAGCUCUAGCAUGAAGCUGCAUCCGGGCAGCCAGCACCCUCUCACAGAGGCCUGCCUGCUUGGUCUGGAGAAGAACCUGGAGCGAGAGCACCACCCGCAGACCCUCUUCUUGCUGCUCUCAUACUACCGCCUCAAGUUGCACUCGCUGCAGCUGCAGGGAGCCACAACCGCCGCCGACAACACAACCUCUAACCCCGAACAGCUGCUAGCUAACAGAAAGAUCCUACGUCUGGUCAAACACACUCUUGCCAGCGUCAGUGGCGUUCGUGACCAGGAGAUGGCACUGUUGGAUGAGAUGUUGGCAGCAUGUGCCAAAGAGGCCAGCAACAAGAGUCUGGAGUUCAUCUUCAGCUCACACCUUUUCUACCAGAACCGACUGGAGAGGUUCAUCCGAAGCUUGGCAGAGGAGCUGCCAAAAAAGGAGGAGAGCAUCAGCGCGUACACGAUGGCACUGAUUGCCAAAUAUAUUGCACGGCACCGCCUGAGAGAGACGCAGCUGCUAGACACCAUCGCAGACUUCCUGCUCAAGAGGGCAGAGUAUCUGGAUAGCAAGGUGAUCCAGAAGCUGGUCUUCCCAUUCAGUAGGAUGAGUUAUCGUCCAUCCAAUGAGGAAAAGUUCUUCUCUCGAUUAGAGGAAGUGGUGGACUUGAAAGCGCUAAGCGCUCCGCUCGCCACCGUCAACAUCCUCAUGUCCCUCUUCCAACUGGGACAUUUCCCGAGCCUCAUCCUGCACCGUGUCUUCUCCCCAGCCUUCAUUAGCAAUGUCACCAACAGUCCCUGCGCCCUCAUCGUCCGCCGCUACCUGUCUUUGUUGGAUGCCGCCGUAGAACUGGAGUACCACGACUACACCGGACCACGACUACAGCACUCUCACAAGGUGCUCAUGUUUGACCACGCCCUUACUGCAGACGAAGUGAAUCGCAAGUACAGUUAUAAAGGUCUGGUGGGCGAGGCUCUCAGACAGCUGCUUGGACAGCACCACUACAAGCAGGACCAAGUUCUGCCUCCUGGAUACUACACAGACUUUGUGUUGUGGAUGGACUCCUCCGGGCGGGUUCUGCCGAUCCAGUCAAGUGCACCUUUGGCUCUGGGCUCCACACCUGCGGCCUGUGGAUGUUCCAAGCGUGUUCCCGAGGUUCCGGACCACAUCCACAAGUUCUCUUCUUCUGCACUGCCAGAGGAAUGUGGUCAGAAGGCACAGGAGAUUGGCAAAACGACAGGUGGCGCUCAAGAACCCUUUCAGUCUCAGCACAUAAAUAGCACAGCGGAGGCGACGGUCCCCUCAGGGCCCCGUUGUCCUGGUGAUGGCGGUGUGCCCUCAGACUAUGGUCCUUACUGUGUGCCUGUAGUGGAGUACUACUCAAGCGUGGCCAAGGAGCACUCGCUGGAAAGCCAGGACAGUUCCACACUCAGCAGCCCCCCUUCUGACGGGCCACCCCCACCAGCGGCUCCAGGAUCCACAGGUGAUGCUGCUCCAAACUCCAUCUUCCAGUUCUCCAUCGGGAAAAUCUUGGAGGAUGAGGCGGACACGAGGCUCCCUGAUGAUCAGGGGGAGGAAUUCUGCAAGGAGGUGAAGCGAAACGACGGGUCCAAGGCAGAUGGGGGGUGUCCGUCACCAGCGCGACUCAGCCCAACAGGUUUGCCCGACCCCGACGAGGCAGAAGAGAAGCACAUAAGAAGGCUCGUCGUCUCCGUCAACGACAAGUGGCACUACUGCCACAACUCGGACGUCCUGGUGGGGUCCCGUGCCAUGAGGGACCGCCACCUGAAGCUGCUGGGAUACAUUAUCCUACAGCUGCCCUAUCACGAGCUGGAGAAGCUAAACGGCAUUGAACAGGUGAAGACGUACCUGCACGGCAAACUACAAAACAUCCCGCGGUGACAGUGUGUGUAUUUCUGUGAUGAAUGUUGGUGUGCAUGGUUAAUGUUUUAGAAUGGGAUAACGUUGCUUCUCUUCAAUGGACAUGAAAAUUAAACCAGUAAUUUUUAUGUUAACACUCAAAGUUUUUAUAAAAUUAAGUCAUGUCGACAGGGGCUGAUGGGUAAUUGUGUGUGUGUGUGUGUGUGUGUGUGUGUGUGUGUGCGCGUGUGUGAUGAAGAGUAUUUAUUUAUGAGGUGAUGGAAGAAUUGUUUCUAUUCAAUAAAUCAAACAGUUCUAACGUGGUAGAUAAACUUUAUUUGUCAGGAUGAGAAAAAGUGCAUUUAUUUCUUAAUGUUUUCAGACAAGCCCCGCCCACCUGUCUGAUAAAAAAAAAAUAACAAAAUGCUCCCUUAAGCUCCACCCCCAAUGCUUGUCACAUAAGGAGGCGUGGCCAGCACAGCCUGUCCUCUCCAAAGAGGAGGCGGGGCUAGUCAGAGUCAGAGUCACUGGAUUCCUCCGAAGAUGUCUGAUCAUCAUCAUCAUCAUCCUCGUCGUUCUGAGUAGAAUAAAUGUGGUUGACAUGGUGAGUGGGUGCUUAAUUCUGAUUGGAUGUGAUGUAAAAGUGUAAUAAUCCUAAGAGCGUCACCUCGUCAUCUUCACUGUCGCUGCUUCCUGAUGUCUCCUCGUCAUCCUCUUCGUCGUCA